AUGGUCAAGCUCACUCAUCUCUUGCUGGGUCUUCCAGCUGUUUUGGCUAUGGAAUGCCGCCCCGAGGGACCAAUCGUGCCUCCGCCGCGCAACCUGAAGGAGUCGGCCCCAUUCCAAAGGGCUCUCGCCAACCUCACCGCCACCCUCGACUCCGCGUUCAAGGGCGAGAUCAAGUCCUCCUUGGAUGCCCAAAAUGUCUCGCUAUCGGUGGCUCUCGUCGGACUUGAUCAAACGGAUGCAUCAACUCCGCUGUGGGAGUAUCACCAUCUUGGCUCGGGCAAUGUGAACGGCACCAAGUCGUUGGACAGACACUCGCAAUAUCUGGUUGGGUCCGUCUCCAAGGUCAUCACUGAUGCCGUCCUUCUGCGCAGCGGCGUGAACAUGGAUGACCCAGUCACGAAAUAUCUUCCGUCGCUGGCCAACGAGACGUCGAGGAUCGACUGGAAGAGCAUCAGCCUGCGGGCUCUGGGAGGCCAGCUGGCCGGCAUUCCCGCCAACUAUGGAUUCUCGGAAUACCACUACAUCAAAGACUGGUUCGAAGCCCUCGGCUUCCCCGCCCUCAAUGACACCAACUACCCCGACUGCGGCGUGAUCGGGCUCAACGUCGCCUGCACGCGCGAACAGCUCCUCGCCGGGAUGCUGACCUCGGACCCCCAAGCCCUGCCGCAAGCCCGCCCCGUCUACUCCAACAUCGCCUACACGCUCCUCGCCUUCGCCCUCGAAGCGGCCACCGGCAAAGACUACCCCACCCAACUCCGCGACUUCCUCACCACUCCCCUCCACAUGCCCUCCACCAUCCCCAGCCCCGGCAACGACUCCCUCGCCGUGAUCCCCCCCGUCGAGAACACCUGGGGCUCGCCCUACGGCGACAACGCGCCCGGCGGCGGGCUGGUCUCCACGCUGGCCGACCUGUCCUCCUUCCUGCACGCCAUCCUCAGCCGCGACGAGGCGCUCGGCUCCGUAGCCGACAUCCGCGCGUGGCUGCAGCCGCGGACGUUUUCGGGGUCGCGGUCGAGCGCGGUCGGGCUGCCGUGGGAGAUCUUCCGCCCCGAGCCGGGGUUGUUGUUCCCAGGGUAUGAUGCGGAGACCGGGGAGGGCGGGCAUACGGUGACGAUUCAUGCGAAGGAUGGGGCCGCGUAUGGGUACCAUGCGCGGAUUGCGCUGCUGGAUGAGUAUGGGGUCGGGUUGGUGGUGCUGACGGCGGGGAAUCAGGAUGCGUUGGGGGCCAUGUAUGAUGCGGCGUUGACGGGGCUGGUGCCGGUGCUGGAUGGGUUGGCGAGGCGGCAGGCGGUGGAGGAGUAUGGCGGGGUGUUUAGGGGGGUGUCGACGGAGGAGACGGGCGCGGUGCCGGUGAAUGCGACGGUGGGGUUGGAUGGGUUGUCGUUGCGGUUGAUGGGGUUGAACAGGAAUGGGUCGGAUAUCUUGGCUGCGCUGCAGGAGCUGUGGGGGGUCACCUUGUUUGAGUUCCUGCCCUCGUUGGACAUGACGGGUGUGUAUCGGCUGUACCCGACUGGGAUUGAGAGGAAGGCGGUGCUACCGGAUGGGAGGGAGGUUGUGGAGGAGGAUUGGAGGGUGUGGUGGGAGGUCGAGUCUACGUCCGAGAGCGAGCUGCCCGGCGCAGGACUCAGCAACAAUGACUGCCUGACCUGGACACUGGCAGACUGGAUGUACUAUGGUAGCCAGUCGGCCGACAGGGUGGUGUUUGUGAAGGAUGCUGAGACAGGGAGUGUGCUGGGUCUGGACGCUCCGUUCUUGAGGACGGGUGCCAUGGGGAAGUCGUCGGACGAGUGA